AUGAGUUUAGUCGCACAGAAAAUUCUGGAAGAACAUGGCGGCUGAGCUGUUUAGCAAGGCAAACGAAGAGUUCGUCAGUGAGAAUUAUCAGCGCGCAAUCGAGCUCUAUUCUGAAGCCAUCCAGGCAGAAGGUGAGAGAGAUGAGUUCAACGUGAACAGAGCCCAGGCCUAUCUCAAGCUUGAGAAGUACACAGAGGCAUAUAAUGACUGCAGCAAGGCAUGUACGAUUAAGCCUCAGAAUGUAAAAGCACAUUUCCGGAAAGGAAUUGCACUCUUCCAUCUUAAAGAUUACAAAAAUGCUAUUGAUGCUUUCCGAGAAGGACAGUCCCUAGAUCCAGCAGAUUCUAACUAUGCAAUGUGGCUUGAGAAGUGUGAAGCAGAGUUGCCUCCCUUGACUUCGUCCUCGACAGAAGAGGCAUCCUUAGCUCCAACAAAACCUACGACGGAGCCUUCAACGCUGCCCACAGCGGAGCCUCCAACAAAGUCAACAGCAGAGCCAGUCCAGAUGCCAUCAAAACCAAAAGCAAAACAUGACUGGUACCAGACUGCUACCCAUGUCAUAGUUACUCUGCUGAUUAAGAAUGUGGCCAAAGAAGACUUCACUGCUGACAUAAAAGAACACACUGUUAGUGUUUACAUCAAACAGGGCAGUGGGACGGACUACAGCUUGGAGCUGGACCUGGCGCACCCAAUCGUGCCCGAACAGUCCAACUACAAGGUCAUGUCUACCAAGGUAGAGAUCAAGUUGAAAAAGGGAGAAGGCAUCCAGUGGACAAAGCUUGAAGGUGAAGGCCAGCCCCAGGAACCAAAUGCAUACAUGGCAGCACCUGUGGCAGCACCUGUGGCAGCACCAACAUCUCAGUAUCCGUCGUCAAACCCAACGUCACGUAACUGGGACCAGCUGGCUCUGGAGGUGACGGAGGAAGAGAAGACGGAGAAGAAGGAGGGCGAUGCUGCUCUCAACUCCCUCUUCCAGCAGAUCUACUCUGACGGGACAGACGAUGUCAAGCGAGCUAUGCUGAAAUCAUUUUACGAAUCUGGUGGCACUGUUCUGAGUACCAACUGGACAGAAGUCGGCAAAGACAAAGUAGAAGUCAAGCCCCCAGAUGGUCUUGAAUGGAAGAAAUACUGAAAUCACCUCUCACAUCUCUAUUUCCAGCUCGAAUUUGUGCCACUUCACCUUAUCAAGUGGACAGUUGGAACUAUGGUUAUUUUUACAUACAUAUUUUGAAAACACAUUCAGACCUUGAUGAUUCAGAUUCCUGUGACUUGCCAUCAUUUCCAGUUGAACUGAGGAUGAAUGUAACAGCUCAUUUGAUAUGAUUUCCUGUUGAGAAUAGGCCAGGUGAUUCGCUUCCGCAUACGACAGCGACUACCGCUGUAAGGUAAUCCUGUGACAAGGACUAAAGGACGGGGAUGAAAUAAUGAAGAUCUCUACAUGCUGCAGUACGAUUCAUGAUUCCCACCAUCUUCAGUUAUCUAGCUUAUUAUUAUGAAUGCCCUUGAUCCAUUCACUAUCAAUUGAGUACCAUAUCUUUGGAAACUUAUCAUCUCCAUCUCUGAAGUUAAUCACUACUGAAAUAGUCUCCCUCACAAGUAGCGUUGAUUCGACGGAAACUUUUAGAUUCAUGUCAUUCAAAUGAGACUCAAUACAAAGGUGUGAUAGUGAAUGGGACCUGGGAUUAUCAUAAUGAAUUGGCGAUAUUCGACCCUGGGCCCCUUUUCACAAAACUAUCAUAGCCCUACAACUGUCGUAGGUCUAUGUUACUGUAUAAGAGUUACGACAGUCGUAGUGCUACGAAAGCUUUGUGAAACGGGGCCCUUGAUUUCUGAGGGUGGAUUGUGUCAGUUACUCUUAUCAAAUAGGAAUGCUUUUACUGUGUAUGUGUGAGAUAUUGCACCUGCAAAACGUAAAGACUUCACUGAAGUCAUCCUGCUGUUCCAAUAAAUUCUGUGUUAUUA